ACUUCCGUGUCUCGCGAGCAAGCAGAAGCCAAAUCGUGAUUAAGCUCUCUCCUCAGAGGCAUUUCCUUUGUGGAAUUCGCUUCUGUUGAGUACAACUUCCUACGUCCUCCCUCUUUACGUCUUCAUUUUGCUCUCUCUAGAGCGAAGAAAUCUCUCUCGUACAAAGCUCAGAGCAAGACUCUCAAUCUCUGCAGACUGCGAAGCGACUGUGUUCGGAAAUUUGAAUCUUUAGGGGCAGAGGUCUUUAAGCCGAAGCGUUUAAGCAAAAGGAGGUCUCCGUGUCAUUAAGUGCUCAACAAUGACGGUCACAUCAAACAUCUCAAUCAACGAUGGUAACCUUGUGGUUCAUGGAAAGACCAUAUUGACUGGAGUGCCAGACAACAUCAUCUUAACUCCAGGAUCCGGUGUGGGACUCAUGUCUGGUGCAUUCAUUGGUGCCACAGCUUCCAUCAGCAAGAGCCUUCAUGUCUUCCCAAUCGGUGUUUUGGAGGGUCUCCGUUUCAUGUGUUGUUUCCGAUUUAAGUUAUGGUGGAUGACCCAGAGAAUGGGAAUGUGUGGCAAAGAUGUUCCUCUGGAGACCCAAUUCAUGCUUGUUGAGAGCAAGAACAACACUGAGGGAGAUUAUCAAAGUGAUGCUGCAACUGUCUACACAGUCUUUCUACCUCUUCUUGAAGGCCAAUUCCGAGCAGUUCUGCAAGGCAAUGAGAAAAACGAAGUAGAGAUUUGUCUCGAGAGUGGAGACAAUGCUGUCGAAACCAACCAGGGCCUUUACCUUGUCUACAUGCAUGCUGGGACAAACCCCUUUGAAGUCAUCAACCAGGCUGUAAAGGCUGUUGAGAAGCAUAUGCAAACAUUUCUUCAUCGGGAGAAGAAAAAGUUGCCUUCUUUUCUUGACUGGUUUGGGUGGUGCACAUGGGAUGCUUUCUAUACAGACGUGACAGCUGAGGGUGUUGAAGAAGGACUUAAAAGUCUAUCUGAAGGAGGAAUUCCUCCAAGAUUUUUGAUUAUAGAUGAUGGUUGGCAACAAAUUGAAAAGAAAGAGAGAGAUGCUAAUUGCGUUGUUCAGGAAGGAGCUCAGUUUGCAAGUAGACUAACAGGAAUUAAAGAGAACUCAAAAUUCCAAAAGAACAACCAGAACAAAGAGCAAGUAUCUGGACUGAAGCACGUUGUAGAAGGAGCAAAGCAGCGUCAAAAUGUGAAGUAUGUGUAUGUAUGGCAUGCAUUGGCUGGUUAUUGGGGUGGAGUGAAACCAGCAGCUGCUGGUAUGGAGCACUAUGACACUGCAUUGGCAUACCCUAUUCAGUCCCCAGGUGUACUAGGCAAUCAGCCAGACAUAGUAAUGGACAGCCUUGGUAUUCAUGGCCUGGGCUUGGUACAUCCAAAGAAGGUUUUCAAUUUCUACAAUGAGCUCCAUGCCUACCUGGCUUCAUGUGGAGUAGAUGGGGUGAAAGUUGAUGUACAAAACAUUAUUGAGACUCUUGGUGCUGGCCAUGGUGGCAGAGUCUCUCUAACUCGAAGCUACCAUCAAGCUCUUGAGGCUUCAGUUGCUAGAAACUUCCCAGACAAUGGAUGCAUAGCUUGCAUGUGUCACAACACUGAUGGAAUCUAUAGUGCCAAGCAGACUGCUGUGGUUAGGGCUUCUGAUGACUUCUAUCCAAGGGAUCCUGCUUCCCAUACCAUCCACAUCUCCUCGGUGGCAUACAACACCCUUUUCCUCGGAGAAUUUAUGCAACCUGACUGGGAUAUGUUCCAUAGCUUACACCCAGCUGCAGAGUAUCAUGGGGCUGCCCGUGCCAUUGGCGGAUGUGCAAUCUAUGUCAGUGACAAGCCCGGAAACCACAACUUUGAGCUGUUGAAAAAGCUUGUUCUCCCUGAUGGUUCAAUUCUCCGUGCUCAAUUACCUGGCAGGCCCAGUCGCGAUUGUCUGUUUACUGAUCCUGCCAGAGAUGGAACCAGCUUACUCAAAAUUUGGAAUGUGAACAAAUUCUCCGGUGUGGUUGGUGCUUUCAACUGCCAAGGCGCUGGUUGGUGCAAGAUCACAAAGAAGACACUUAUACAUGAUGAAUCUCCUGGUACCCUCACUGGUUCUGUCUGUGCCACUGAUGUUGAUCUUAUGGCUCAAGUUGCUGGUGCAGACUGGAAUGGUGACACAGUAGUUUAUGCCUAUAGAUCAGGGGAGGUGAUGAGAUUACCAAAAGGUGCUUCAGUGCCGAUAACACUGAAAGUCGUGGAGUAUGAACUUUUCCAUUUCUGUCCAGUAAAGGAGGUCACACCAAACAUUUCGUUUGCACCAAUUGGCCUGCUUGACAUGUUCAACGCGGGUGGUGCUGUGGAGGGUGUGGAAGUCAAUAAGGUUUCUGGUAACGAACCAGAACUGUUUGACGGCGAAGUCUCCUCUGAGCUAACCACUUUCUUGAGUGACAACCGGUCAGCAAGUGCAACAAUAGCGCUGAAGGUCAGGGGUUGUGGCCGGUUUGGUGCAUAUUGUUCUCAGCGUCCACUUAAAUGCAGUGUAGGGAAUGUGGAGACUGAGUUUGAGCAUGACCCUGAAAAUGGAUUGGUGACCCUGAGUCUCCCUGUUGCGGCCGAGGAGAUGUUCAGAUGGCCUGUUGAGAUUCAAGUUUAAGCAUUCAGCUCUUCACUCGGCCCUGUUCAGAUGGCAUGUACCAUUCGAUGCCAAUACUCGACUGCUUCCAUUCAAGUAAUAUCUUUGUAUAUUGGAGAGAGUGACAGAGAGAGGAGCUGUUUGUAUUGAAGAAUAAUUGUUAAGGAACUCAACCUUAAUGUACCAGUUUCUUUAAUAAAAUCGCCUUCUGGCUAUCAUCCGUGUCUCUCA